AGCGCAUUCCCAUAGACUAGAGAGCUACAGACCGCUGGGAGAGAUGGUUGGAGUGACAGCGAGCGCUCUCAUGGGGGUGGUGAACCCGCUCCUCAGUAGGCUCUGCACCCUGUUGGACAGGGAGGAUGUCGAGCCCAAAGGUGUGCGUCGGCAGAUCGCCUUUCUGCGAGAUGAACUACGCUGCAUGAGCACCGCCCUGGAGAUGGUGUCCGAGUCAGAGGAAGCAAACCCGCAAGUGAAGGAGUGGAUGAGCCAGUUGAGGGAGCUGUCCUAUGACGUCGAGGAUUGCAUUGAGAUCUUCAUGCACCACCUUGGCCGUGUUGACACCUGCGAUGGGUUCAUCCACAAGAUCAUAAACAAGGUAAUCACUCUGAAAGCACAAUAUGAAUUUGGUAAUCAGAUUAAUGAGCUGAAGGAACGUGCGCUGGAGGUUAGUGAUCGGCGUAAGAGAUAUAAGCUCGAUCCAUCCACCUCCUGUCCAAAGUCUGUGGUAAUCGAUCCCAGGUUGCCUGCACUCUUUGAGGAGGCAGAUAGACUUGUGGGCAUUGAUAGCCAAAUGGACGAACUUGUCCAGUGGCUCAUCGAUGGCACUGGUUUACACUCACAGCGUAAGGUUCUGUCAAUUGUUGGAUUUGGAGGAUUAGGCAAGACAACACUUGCCAAUCAGGUCUUCCAAAAGGUUAAAAGUCAAUUCGACUGCACAGCUUUUGUGUCCGUAUCCCGAAGUCCUAAUGUCAAAAAGAUUCUCGCAGACACACUCUUGCAGUUUCUUAAGAGUAGCCCAAUUACAGCAGACCAAAAUCAAGACUUUGCAAGGAUGCAGGGAGAUCUUUAUCUCAAAACAUUGGAAUAUCCGCAACUUGCGGAUAUGAAUAGAGAGUAUCUUCGGAAUAAAAGGUACCUUGUCAUAAUUGAUGAUAUAUGGAGCAAACAAGCUUGGAAAGAAGUUCAAUGUGCUUUUCCCCAUAACAAUAAUGCAAGUAGAAUAAUAACGACCACACGAAUUGAAGAUGUUGCUAAAUCUUGUAGCUUUCCACACAAAGAAUAUGUCUACCCCAUGAGGCCCCUUGAUAGUGAUGACUCAACAAGCUUAUUCUUGAAAAGGAUUUUUGACCACAAAGAUGACUGUCCUCUUGAAUUGAAAGAAGUUGCUGAUGAUAUACUACGAAAAUGUCAUGGCUUGCCACUAGCUAUAGUUAAUAUUGCUAGCCUAUUAGCAACCAAACCAACCUCUAAACAGGAGUGGGAGAGGGUGCUAAAUUCUCUAGGAUCUGCACUUGAACAAGAUCAUGAGCUGGAAGUAAUUAAAAGGAUAUUGUUUCUUAGUUAUUAUGAUCUACCUGACUAUUUGAAGAUAUGUUUCUUGGAUCUAAGCAUAUUUCCAGAGGAUCAUGUGAUUGGCCGGUUGUGUUUGAUAAGGAGAUGGAUAGCUGAAGGAUUUAUUGUGGAAGGACGAGGACAAUGCUUAGAGGAUACAGCAGAAAGCUACUUCAGUGAGCUCAUCAAUAGAAACAUGAUUGAACCAGUGGACACUGACUACAGUGGAAGGCCAAGAGCUUGCCGGGUACAUGAUAUAAUGCUUGAUCUUAUUAUAUCAUUAUCAGUUAAAGAACAUUUCGUUACUAUAAUAGGUGAUUGUAAGUUGAAACCUUCCACUAACAAAAUUCGGCAUCUGUCCCUCCAAGGAAACUUCGCAGAACAAAGUCUCUGGCUGGGGACAAACACUUUAUCUCAUGUUCGGUCAUUUAGUGUGUUUGGUGAUGUUAAAAAGAUGCCCUCUCUCUUGGAGUUUCAUGUUUUACGAGUCUUAGAUAUACAAAAUUGUUCUAGCCUGGAAGACAGUGACAUUGAGAAUAUUGGAAGCUUGAUCCACUUGAGGUAUUUAAGUCUCUAUAAUAGCAACAUCAGCAAGAUCCCUAGACAGAUUGGAAACCUACAACAUCUGCAGACACUCAACCUCAGAGCUACCAGAAUAAAAGAACUGCCAGCAACUAUUGCCCAACUGCACCAAUUAGCACGCCUGUAUGUGCCUAAUGGUGUAGAAUUGCCAAAUGGGAUCGGUAGCAUGGGAUCUCUAGAGGAGCUGUUAAUGUUCGAUGCCAGCAAAAACUCCCCACAAGUUGUGCAGGAGUUAGGGAGCCUAACCAAACUGAAGGUGCUUGGGAUCAAGUGGUGUGCUGAUGGUGCAAUGAGUGAUGAAAGAAGCUUCAAGAAAUCAUUGGUCGCAUCGUUCUGUAAUCUGGGAGAAAGAAAUCUCCGAUCCAUAAGGACCGAGACUACGGAACGCUGUUCUAUGGAUUUCUUGUUUGAUUCACUGUGCCCUCCUCCAUGUUAUAUGCGGACAUUUAGCAUUGGCCCCAUUUUCUCUAGGCUCCCAAAGUGGAUAUCCUACCUCUCAGAACUCACCGACUUAACUGUAUUUAUAGAACAGGUGGGAGGUGGAGAUGUGCGUGUGCUUCAGGACUUGCCUGCACUGCGCUGUCUCCAAAUUUUCACAACGGAAUACCCGCAGGAGUCACUCACCAUCAGCCCCGGUGGAUUCCAGCGUCUGGAGGACUUCCAUUUCCGUCCCUCUAUGCACUGGAGGAAGAGAAAGAGCAUGCUCAGUCUGGUGUUUGAAGCAGGAGCCAUGCCAAGGCUCAAGCGGCUUUGGUUUAGAUUCGCUGUGCACGAUACGCUCUCUGCUUACGGUGUCGGUUUUGAUUUUGGUAUCAGCCUCCUUUCGUCCCUCAAGCGCCUCUGGGUCAGUAUCAAUUGUCGGGGUGCAAGGGCUUGGGAGGUGGAGGCAGCCAAGGCCACCAUUAGAGCUGCAGCAGCUCUCCUUCCCAACCGUCCAAGACAUGAAAUCCAUAUAUUUGGGGAAGAGGAGAUGGUGAAGGACGAGGAGCAGAGGGAGGACAGCAAUGACACAGACCAAACCAGACAGUACCCACAACGCAACUGA